UUCCCCUCCGUGGCUCCGUCCCUCCCUCUCCGGCUGGCUCCCCCCCGUACCAGACGCCGCAGAUGGAGAUGGAGGCCGCCUACGCACUAUCCCUGCCGCUGCCGGCGACACUGCCUUUAUCGAGUGAUGACACGGACAAGAGAUCCUAUUUCUAAUCCUCCUCCUCCGUCUCCGAUUGCUUCUGCGUGUGGGCAAGGCGAGCUGAGGUCAGGCAGGCCAGGGGAAAUCAGCAUAGCCAGAUUCGCUCGCCCGCCACGCCAAGACGGCCAGACCAUGCAGGCCGCCGCCCCACGGACGGUCAAGACCCUGCCCGUCCUAAGGAAUCACCUUUGCGACCCCACGCGCCUCGCCGGCGCCUCCUCGUCCUUCCACUCCACGCCCGCCUCCUUCGCCAAGUGGAAGGACAAAUGGGACUGUCCCAAGAGUGAAAAAGGAGCGCGAAAGGCAUCCAGGAAUUAUGAGAGGUAUGUUGUUCGGCAAAAACGAGCAGAAGGAAAGAAGGCCCUAAAAGACUAUCUUCUAUAUGGAAAGUCCUCACCUCAUUUACAGGAUAGAAGCACUGGAAGCUUUGCUAAUUCUCAUGAAAUUCCACGGUUCAAAACCUUAAGGAAAGGACCUCAGAGUCACUGGUCGUCGAAACCUCGGCAAGGAGUACACAAUCACAGAAAGAGUAAAAAGGACAAGGCAAGGUUCUGCAACUUCUUCCAUGAAGACCACCAUGUGCACCCAGACGAAAUCUUUGAGGCCAUAUUUGGCACACAUCAUGGUUUUACUUGGUCCCAUAUAUCAUGGGAGGAUUUUCACUUCAGAAACAGAUCGUUCAGAUUUAGAUGGAGUGGUGGUGAAUCACACAGAGAGAGGAUUCCAAGUGACAAUGAAGAUGAAAGUGAGGAGGACAGCAGGGAAACAACCAGUGUCGGUUCACAUGCCCACAGGGUCAUCCUUGGAUUACCACCAUGUGGUCCACUAACUCUAGAAGAUGUUAAAACUGCUUUCCGGGCAUCUGCUCUGCGGUGGCACCCUGACAGGCACCCGGGGUCUUCACAGGCUGUGGCCGAGGAGAAGUUUAAGCUCUGCGUGAAUGCGUACAAUUCACUCUGCAGCAUCCUCAAGGCUGCUUAGAGCCCCCUGCGACUACACACAUGACAUGACGAAUGUUGCAGCUUGUAUUAUCAGUUUUGCAAAGCGCAGGCUAUUGCUUUGUUUCAGUUUUAAUUUGAGAUGCACACAUUUGUGGCAAGAGGCAAGCUCCGACAUGGAAGGAUGGAGCCACUGUUGUACACUAGUGUCAAUCAAAUGUAACAACAUUUGAUUCCUUGAUUUGUUUAAUCAAUUCAGUUAUUCAGAAAGAGGGAAUAAAAGCAAGCAACUUGUCAGAAAA